CACGUAACACACGUUACCGCACAAUGGAGCGUAAUGUAAUGUAAAGAAAACGUUGGUCUCUCGUUAACGCGCAAUUAAUCGGCGAAAGGGGAAGCAACAUAUGACGCAGACAACAAAAACAUUGGCGCGAGGAAAACAUGGAGCGCGAAAUCGCGCGACUCGUAUUGCUUGACUGCGAGGCGCGAGUCAUGCGCGUUAUAUCGACAGAUUACUGAGGAAGAAAGAAAACGCGAACACGCGUCAACGAUGCGUGGAAAUGAUCGAAACGGAAACGGCGGGCGAGGCUCGGGCGUUCGAGGAAGGUUAAGGGAGACAAAGGUAAAUUUAAUGAUCCCAUGGAUGCGUGAUCAAAUAGCAGAAGCCUGGCAUAACAGAAAAAGUUCAAGGACUGCUGAUAGGCGGUCCUUGGCCCUUUCUUCUGUCGGCACAGGCAAUCCUGCAAACACCAUGCUUACACCAUUACCUACCUCCCCACACAGUUUUUCUGUCAAUGUUAUCAGCAUAGAGGGCAACAUAAUGGAUAUGACAGUAAAACCAAAUUUUACUAUAGAAAAUGUUAAAAAAAUAGCAGUAAUACAUUUUUAUGGCCAAGAUAUGACUAAAUCCAUUUCACGCUACCGCCUAGUUCAUUCAUCCAAAUUUAAACAGCUUGUGGAUGAAAAUUAUAUCGAUGAUGAGGAUAUCAAUGAAUAUGAUGAAUUAUUAUUAGUGGAAAUUCGAUCAAAUGUUGUACAAGAGAAUCUUUCAGAUGAAGCUCUUAAGGGUCCAAGUCUAGAAGCAAUAGCUCAAGCUACAAGAGGUUUAUCUAGUCAAAAUGUUAAAUCUAAACCUAUACCAUCUACAGAAUGUCCUGCAGAUUUUCAGAAUGAAAUUCGUAAGAUUUUAAUAACCCUUGUACAAGCAUCUGCAAAAAUUUUAAUGCAUAGUCCAGAAGCUGGAAAAUUAUAUGAUAUCAUUAAGGAAAAACUGGAAGUCAGAUGUAAACCCACUAAUGAUCCAAAAGUCGUAAAAACUCUUGUAGAAAUGGGCUACUCUCACAAAAAAGUUCUCAAAGCAUUGCGUCUUCGAAAAUCAAAUAUGACAGAAGCUUUAGAAUGGCUUAUAGAACACCAGGACGAUUUAGACGAUGAAAAUGACGAAACAGAUUUUUUAUCUAUGGAUACAACAACAAGUGAAAGUAUUGCAGGUCCCAGUUCUUCAAUAAGCACUAAGAAAAAAUCUUUAAAAGAUGCAUGCAUUGAACUCUUUGAACCAGAUCACGAUAAAAAAGAAAAAAAUCUAAUGCACAUUAUAGAAUUAUUGUUAGAAAGUUUUCGACAAUACAAGAAAAUGGAAUUUAAACCUAAUAAGAGAGCAAUGCGAUCACUCAUAGAAAUGGGUUUUGAUGAAAAGAAUGUUAUAGGAGCAUUGAAAAUUACUGGAAAUGAUCAGGCCAAUGCUUGUGAAUGGUUGGUGGGUGAAAGAAGACGUAGCUUACAAGACUUGGAUGAAGGCUUGGAAUUUGAUGGUCCGAUUUAUAAAGCAAUUAUGAGCAAUUCUCACAUUCAGCUUAGUCUUACAAAUCCUAAAAUGUUACUUGCGUACUUAUCAAUGAUAGAAACGCCUGCAUCGACAAAUGUGUGGAUUAAUGACCCUGAAGUUUCACCUGUACUUAGCCAAAUAUCUAAGACAUAUCAUGCUGAAAAACAUGCCAUCCACAUGAAUCGUUAUACCUAGCGCUAUUGUGAAAUUUAUUUAAAUCUCUGUCAAACAUCGAUAUUUUUAUAUAAAUUUACAAGUAAUUCUCGCAGAGAUGGAAUAUCGGUCAUCAAUUAAUAAUUAUCUGUAAAAUUAUUGCUUGCUCAUAUACAAUUCUACACAUAAAGUUAUAGUUAUUAGUGUUUAACAAAAUAUUACAUAUAUGAAGAUGUUCCUCCAUAUGAGGUAUGUAUUUCAUAGUACGCUACAAUAUGCUCUAUUGAUUAUGUAUAAUGAUCUUCAUGUAGAGUAUCGAAAAUUGCUUUUAACAUUGUACAAUUUACCUAUUUAACAAUUCUUAAAGAGAGAAAAUGCUUUAAUAUGAAAUAGCAGCUAUUAUUUUGAUGCACAAUAUAAAUUCUUAAAUGCUGAAUUGGUAAAAUCCAAUUCACACAUGUCAAAUGUGUACGUUGCUUUUCCAAACUAAAAAAUAAAUUUUAAAAAUAUAUGUUACAAAAUAUAUAUUGAACUAUAAAAUUGCAGAACUU